AUGAACCUAAGCUUCUUCGACCAAUUUUCAAGUCCAUCCCUACUAGGAAUCCCGCUCAUCCUUAUUUCAAUAACAUUCCCUGCCCUCCUAAUCCCUUCACUGGACAACCGUUGAAUUACCAACCGACUUUCAACCCUCCAACUAUGAUUUAUCAACCUAGUUACAAAACAACUAAUAAUACCUUUAGACAAAAAAGGACACAAAUGAGCCCUAAUCCUAACAUCCCUAAUAAUCUUCCUCCUACUUAUCAACCUCCUAGGCCUACUACCAUACACAUUCACCCCAACUACUCAACUAUCCAUAAACCUAGCACUGGCCUUCCCCCUAUGACUCGCCACCCUACUAACAGGCCUGCGAAACCAACCCUCUGUCUCACUAGGCCACCUUCUGCCAGAAGGCACCCCAACCCCACUAAUCCCCGCCCUAAUCCUAAUCGAAACAACAAGCCUGCUCAUCCGCCCACUAGCCCUAGGCGUACGCCUAACAGCCAACCUCACAGCAGGUCACCUACUUAUCCAACUCAUCUCCACCGCCACAAUAACCCUAUUCACUACAAUACCAGUAGUAUCCCUCCUAACCCUUCUAAUCCUCCUCCUACUAACCAUUCUAGAAGUAGCCGUAGCAAUAAUCCAAGCCUAUGUUUUCGUACUUCUAUUAAGCCUAUAUUUACAAGAAAACAUCUAA